AUGGCUGUGGCAAAAUAUAUUGCAAAGGAAAACGCUGGCUUUAAUACAGUGGACAGCAAGGCUUUCAGAGAAAUGGCACCGCAAUGCCUAAACGAAGGAAUGCGGGCGUGGGGAAUAAAAGAGAAAAAGAUAGCCUGCAUCACAACAGACAACGGUGCAAAUAUCGUUGCGGCUGUGAGAGAGCUACAGUGGCCAUGGCUCAGCUGCUUUGGGCACAAUUUAAACGUGGCCGACAACAAUUCACUGAGCAAAGAAAAAAGAAGAACCGAUCGGGCUUUCGGUGUGUGCCGCUCAAUCAACGCAGCCUUCUCACACUCCUGGCAGAGACGUAAAGCACAAGAGGAACUGGGUCUGCCAGAUCACCGUCUGAUAACAGACGGCGCAAUGCGCUGGGGGUCCAAGUUUGCAAUGACAGAGAGAAUCCUCGAACAGUUAUCUGCCAUAAAGACAGUGUACGCAGAUGACAGGAGCCACAGUAACCUACCCCAGGGGCGAUUCUAGGAUCAGAGCUUUAG